AUGGCUGCUAAUACACAUUCGAAUCUAAGACUUUGUCGUUUAUGCGUAUGGGAAAAUUAUAAUGGUCUUGGUUUUAAUCUCGACAGACAGAAUGGCCCACCGUACUUAGUUUUUGCAGUUGAAUCGUACAGUCCUGCAGCGGUGGGUGGUCUUCAAAUGCAGGAUGUUAUAUUACAAGUAAAUCGUGAAGAUGUUGGGAAUGUUGACUAUGAAACCUUUAGACAGUGUAUUGAUCGAGCACGCCAAAAAGGUCCAGUGGAAUUGUUAGUGUGCAACUCAAGUAAGUAUCAAGAAAUGAAAGCAAAUUCGAUGCCAAUCGACCCGAGCUCAGCAAUUAGAAUGGGGACUCCUGCGACAAUGCCUGAGCACAUACGGAAUGAGUACAUGCAACGAGCACCGCGUAUAUGUGAAAUUAAAAUGAAACCAGAAGAUACUAGUUUUGGAUUCGCGGUUGCUAAUGGUGAGAACAAAACACGAUAUACUCUCCUUCACGAUCC